AUGAUCUCAUACAUGGAGAAUGAAGGGGACGAGAAGAAUGAUUCUUCCAUUUAUGAAAGCGGUGAAGCGAAAAAUGAUUUAGCGACACUGGAGCAAGCAAAAUGUUCACGUUCCCAACAGCGACUUCCUGGCGAGUUGCAUGUGGAUUAUUCAUUGGAAUCAGUGUUAAACCCUCAAGUUCCUUCCACGGCGUUUCAAAGCAUAAGCUCUAAAGUCCUUGCCGGUUUGCUUGGCUCCUUGUCUGAAAAAGAAUUCAACAGGAAAUUUAUUUUAGUUGAUUGUCGAUACCCUUUUGAGUAUGCUGGAGGACAUAUUAAGGGCGCUGUUAAUUUGCAUAAUCCUAAUGAUAUUGGGAAUGUUUUCUUUCCAAACGAAACGAAACGGUUCUCUGUCAUUUCCAAAAAAAUUCCAAUAUUUUACUGCGAAUUUUCUCAGAAGCGUGGGCCAACAAUGGCUCAUAGAUUAAGAGCUUAUGAUCGUGCACGGAAUGAGGCCCGUUACCCAGAAGUUGAUUACGAAGAAAUAUAUUUGCUCGAUCGCGGAUAUAAUAAUUUUUUUAAUGAGUUUCAGUGCCGGUGUUUCUGUGAACCAAGUGAGUACGUUAAAAUGGUGGAUUCCCGGCACUCAAAAGAGCUGCGGAAAUAUGUUCUACAUCGAGCAAGAACUGCUAAAUUACAUCCGAAAAAUCCUUCACAGUCGACAUCGCAGCCUCGUAGAUGUCGGCUCCGACGGACAAACUUCUUUUCAAGCAGGAGUUUUCCGUCACUUGAUUUUUGUCUAUCACCUACAGAACAGAAGGAGAAGCGUGAAGCUGCUGGGGAAUCAGAAUCAGGGAGCAAAUGA